CCUUUUCACUUAUGUUUACCAACUAACUGCAGCAGUAUCUGACAGUUUCUGAAGAAUGGCUUCUUCCUCACACGGUCACAAGCAUUCAAACGGAUUAUACACUUUCUCAAGUCGCCCCAGACCUGUUGAGAGCAGCUCCAAAUGCAGAGAGCCUUCGUCCGAGCGGACACAGUACAAUUACGGAAACAUUAUGUAUGAUCGUCGUGUUGUCAGAGGAAACACGCAUGCCCAACAUGUUCUACCAACUACAGCUCAACCAGACCCUGCUGAGACACAAAAACAGAUGAUCAAAAAGAGAGCCGCUGCUCGAAAACAGGCCUGGAAGCAGUGGAGACUUAGAACUCCUGAAGCCCUGCAGGGCAGAAAACACAUUGAUGUACAAACAGAGCUUUACCUUGAAGAACUGAGUGAUCAUAUUGUAUCAACUCAUGCUGAGUGUCAGACUGAUGCUUUCCUGGACAAACCAUCAACUCCGCUCUUCAUACCUGCCAAAUCUGGCAAGGACGUUGGCACACAGAUAGAGGAAGGAGAGUUGUUUGACUUUGACAGGGAAGUGCAGCCAGUGCUGGAGGUCUUAGUGGGUAGGACAGUUGAACAGGCUCUGCUGGAGGUGAUGGAAGAGGAGGAGCUGGCCUGUCUGAAGGCCCAGCAGAGGGCCUUUGAAGAGCUCAGACAUAAUGAGCUGGCGGAGGUGGAGCGGCUUCAGGAGCAGGAGAGACGCCACAGUGAGGAGAAGGAACGUAGAGUUGCACAGCAGAAAGAGGUGUUGAAGAAAGAAAGAGAGACUGCAGAGAAGAUUGCUGCCCGGGCAUACACACAGCAGUACUUGGCUGAUCUCAUACCUGCAGUCUUUACCUCACUGAGAAACCAUGGCUACUUUUACGACCCUGUGGAGAAAGAUAUUGAGAUGAAUUUCUUCCCAUGGCUAAUGGCUGAGGUUAACAACACUCUGGAGAAGAGAUACAUAGCAAGGGAGAUGCUGGAUGCCAUCAUCUGUGAUGUCACGGAGAAAAGACUAGAGGAGUUCAAAGAGUUGGACACGCAGUCAGCCAGAGACUGGCAGGUUUAGUGCAUCCAUGUAUUUCGUGAAAUAAAGUUUUUUUAUUGACUAAACUAC